UGGGUUUUGUUUUGUUUUGUUUUAGUUUUGUUUGUGUGUAAUUUACACCUUCAAAAUCGUUUCUUUACCAAUUCCAGUUUCAUCAUAUAUCAUAAUAUGAUCAAAAUGUGUUGUUAAAAUCUCAAACUUUAUUCAUCAUCAUCAUUAUGAUGAUACCUUCUUCAAUCCCCAUUUUCUCUUUUAUAUCAAAAAUCAAAACUUUUGAUUCCUAAAAAAAAAAAAAAAAAAAAAAAAACUAAAAAGGUAUCCAAAUCCCACUUUUCACGCACCGACCCAUAAAAAAGGUCUAAUUUUGAAGCUGUGAUUUGGUGAAGAUGGAUUUUGAAGGUGAAGGUAUUAGCACACCAAAGAGGGAAAUGGAAGGAGAAGGAGGUGUGAUGAAUUCAAAGAUGAAGGGUGCAGGAAACCAAAGCAGCAAAGAUAUGAUUUUCCGAGCUGAUAAGAUUGAUCUCAAGAGUUUGGAUGCUCAAUUGGAAAAGCACUUAAGUAAGGUUUGGUCAAGAAGUGCCACUUUCAAUGAGUCAAAAAGGCCUAGAGAAGAGUGGGAGAUUGAUUUGGCCAAAUUGGAUUUAAGGUAUAUUGUUGCUCAUGGUGCUUAUGGUACUGUCUAUAGAGGAACCUAUGAUACUCAAGAUGUUGCAGUCAAGGUGUUGGAUUGGGGUGAGGAUGGUGUUGCCACUGCUGCGGAAACUGCUGCGUUACGCGCAUCUUUUAAGCAGGAGGUUGCUGUCUGGCACAAACUCGACCAUCCAAAUGUCACCAAAUUUGUUGGAGCUUCAAUGGGAACUUCGAAUCUUAAGAUUCCUUCGAAAAACUCUUCAACCGACGAUCAAGAAACACUUCCUUCUAGGGCCUGUUGCGUUAUUGUCGAGUUUCUUACUGGUGGAACACUAAAACAAUACUUAAUCAGAAAUAGGCGGAAGAAACUUGCUUAUAGGGUUGUGGUUCAGCUUGCUUUGGACCUCGCCAGAGGUCUUAGCUAUCUACAUUCGAAGAAGAUUGUUCACCGUGAUGUUAAGACGGAGAAUAUGUUGCUAGAUGGUAGCCGGAAUCUAAAGAUAGCUGAUUUUGGAGUUGCUCGUGUUGAAGCUUUGAAUCCAAGUGACAUGACCGGUGAAACUGGAACUCUUGGAUAUAUGGCUCCGGAGGUUUUGGAUGGAAAACCUUACAACAGGACAUGUGAUGUCUAUAGCUUUGGCAUUUGCUUGUGGGAAGUUUAUUGCUGUGAUAUGCCCUAUGCAGAUCUAAGCUUUGCUGACGUGUCUUCUGCUGUCGUCCGUCAGAAUUUACGCCCGGAUAUUCCAAGGUGUUGUCCAAGUGCAUUGGCGAGCAUCAUGCGGAAAUGCUGGGAUGCGAAUCCGAACAAACGUCCAGAAAUGAGCGAUGUGGUGAAAAUGCUAGAAGCACUGGAUACAAGCAAAGGUGGCGGCAUGAUACCUGAAGAUCAGAGUUCAGGUUGCUUUUGUUUUUCACCGGCUCGCGGUCCUUAAUUUUCCAAUUCAAUAGGUGAAGCACAGAAAACUGGCGCAAUCGGUAUUUUAUGGUUUCGCCGGUUUUUUUACAGCUUAACAGUUAACAUUCUUUCCUUCUUGGUGGAGAGAAUGAUUGUAAACAGAAAGGAAGAGAAUUGUUUUUAUGAUUGACAUUGUUUUUUCUUUUCUUUUUCCCUUUCUUGACAAAGGCUGAAUUUAUUGCUUCUUAGAUAUUGUGUUUAGUACUGAAAACUGGUUUUAUUUAUGCAUGAAAAGGGAUUAUAAUUUCUUUCUUUGAGGAGCUAAA